GGUCUUCCCCAAAUCUCAGAAGCGCGAAUCCUUGAUGUUGUGAAGCAUCUCUCGGAAGACAUUGGUUAUCGGACUGUAGGCACCUUGGAACAUGCCCUGGCGGACAAAUACAUGGUUUCGCAAGCGGAAGAGGUCAAGAAGAACUGUGAGAGACUAGUAGCGGAAAGUGGAAGGAAGCUGCAAUGUGAGGUGUGGAGACAGGAAGGAAGUGGGAGCCACAGAUUCGAUAUGAUGGGCAAAAGGCUCUACAAGACUUACGUUAACCUCACCAACAUCAUCGUCAGAGUCUCCGACGGCACGCCUGAGGGCAAGGAGCACGCGGUGCUUGUCAACUCCCAUUUGGACAGCACAUUGCCAAGCCCAGGCGCUGCGGAUGACGCCAUUUCAGUUGGUGUAAUGUUAGAGUGCAUGCGCGUUCUCAUUGAGACACCUACCUGGAGCCCAAAACAUGCGAUCGUUCUCCUUUUCAACCAUGCCGAAGAAUCCCUGCAGGACGGGUCACACUUAUACUCUACCCAACAUAUUACUGCCCCAACUGUACGAGCCGCCAUUAAUCUUGAAGCUGCUGGUACGACCGGCCGCGAACUCCUCUUCCAAGCCACAUCCGAGGAAAUGAUCAAGGCCUACUCCCACGUCCCAAGACCAUAUGGAACAACUUUCGCGAACGAUAUUUUCAGCUCGGGAAUUAUCCUGUCAGAUACUGAUUUCCGGCAGUUUGAAACGUACUUGAAUGUUACCGGUCUUGAUAUGGCUAUAAUCGGAAAUAGUUAUCUGUAUCAUAUGCGGAAGGAUCUCGUGGAGAACAUCGAAAUUGGUGUUGGACAGCACAUGGCUGAAAACGCGCUCGCACUCCUCAAAUACUUCUCAGCUCCGGGCUCACCACUGCCAUCACUCAACAAAGGCUACGCACCUGUAACCACAGUGUACUUUGCGCACAUUGGAGGCCUGUUCUUUAUGUACACCUUCACUACCGCCAAGAUCCUCUAUACCUUACUUCUCGCCGCUUCAUUCAUUCUCCGGUCUGGGGGUUUCUCUCGAGAACAGAGGAAGGGGAUGGUUGCGGUCGUCGCUGGGCUGAUUGGGACGAUGUUGGUUCCUAACCUCGUUGCGCUGGUGAUGAGAUUUGUGUUGAAGAAGGGGUUGAGCUGGUUUAGCAACCCUUUUGCUCCUUUCGCACUGUACGGACCAGCGGCUUUGUUGGGUGAGUUCUUCAGUUCAUCCUCAACCAAAACGGUGUUCACUUCUAUACUCCUACUGCAAUCGGGCUUUGCGGUUCUAGUACAGCUCCUCAAAGUCGGCUCCGCGGCCAUGUUUUUCCUCUGUGCUCUCCCGCUUUUCGUUGUCCUUCUCAUCAACCCCUUGUUCUCGGGCAAUACCAAGUCGAUUUCCCUGGCCACGUAUUUCCUUGGACAGAUUUUGCCCUUGCUCACAGGUUCUUUGCUCACGAUUCCUACGAUUGAGGUUUUUGUACCUUUGAUGGGUCGCGUAGGCGCUCAAGUCCCAGCGGACAACAUGAUCGCCACACUCGUAAGCGGUCUCGGCGCGCAGUCUCUUCCGUUGGUGUUGCCCCUUGCACAUAGAUUCGGGCACCGGGCGCUCUUGCGUGGGGUGUUGUUGUUGAGCAUGACGACGUUUGUGUUGAUGGGUAUGUUUGCUAUGAGGACGCCGUUUGAUGAGAUGCAUCAGAAGAGGUUGUUUGUUUUGCAUUUGGAGAAUGUCACCUCGCAGGAGCGACACUUGCACCUUGCAGCGGCGGAUGGCGCACCGGGUUUCGAGCUUCUUGUGCAAGAUAUUGUGAAUGAGUUUGGAGCGACGACGGAUGUCGUGCCAACCCCUGUUGUGAUGGAUGAGUAUAACUCUGAUUGGGACUCGCUGUACCCGUUCUCUUCUUUCUUGACCCCUUACAAGGUCCCGCUGGCCGUGGAACCGGGAUACGUAUCCCCUUGGGUUAAGGAGCAGGCGUUUGUAGUGUCUGCCGUUAAUGAUGUCAAGGACUUGGUUGCUGGGACGCGGAGCUUGACUAUCAAGGUUGAUCAUCCAGGUCUUAUUUGGACAACCAUCGCCUUUGACGCGCACGUUCUCAAGUGGAGUCUGGACAACAGUCCGCCAGACGAGCAUGCGCGGCAUCACGUCAAAGAGGCGUCGUUUUACGGGACUGAUACGUAUACCUUUGACAUGGUUAUCAAGCUGACGGACGCCAAUGACCCUGGGCUUAGCGUCAACUUUAUUGGGGUGCAGGAGAAGGGGAUGUGGCCUGGUAAGAAGAGCGUUAAAGCGGAGGGAGGGCUUGCGAUGCGGUUGUUUGAGGAGUUUGAUAAUUGGUUGGAGGUGAAGACGGGGGGAACGGUGGAUGCGCUUUUGAUGGGAUGCGUGGCGGGGAGUGUGGUUGUUUAG